AUGGAUACUUUUACAACGAUUACUCAAAAAGAUUUCAUAUGGCCUAAUCCUAAACCACUUCUUACUAAACCUGCGCAACCUCCUAUGGAUACCGGUAUCCGAUUAUAUCUUCAUAGACCUAAAGAAGAAGACUGCAAAUGCGAUGUUCAUGGUUUUCAAACCGACAAAAAAAGAUACGUUCAGCUGGCCAAUAAAGAACGAAGACUUCAAGAUGAAUUGAUAGCUGUUAAUCAUGAAAUGGCAAAUCUCACGACGACUUUGUUGAACAGUACCUGUGAAACUGACGAUGAAACAAUAAAAAGUCUUUACGAAAUUGAUUAUGAAAAACGAGAAUUACCUAUAGCCCAUUAUAGAACACUUAUGGCAGCUGUUGAUUCUCCUAUCGGUGCUCCUAUCAAACCAGCAAUUACUGAUCUAAGAAACGCUUACAGAGAUCCAACUAGAUUUAGAUAUUCAGCUAUUGAAAGACCAACUAUUGAACCUGCUAAAACUAUCAACCUAUUGACAGUUCCAGAAACCUUCACUCUCUGGAAUGAACCAUUUACUAAUAGAACAGAAUACGAAGAUAAUUUCAGUAGACUGGGAUUAUGUAAUAUGAGAAAUCGCCAACAAUAUCUGGAACCGUUGCCUUCUUCGAGAAAUAGAUUUGGAGAUUGCAGAUUUCAAUAACAAUCUUUAAUUAAUUAAUCGAAAGAAAGAACAUAUAUUUGUCUAUAUCUGUCAAAUGUUCACACUAAAAAAAAAAAAAAGUAGCAGCCAUUAGCUUGACAGUACUUGCGUUAAUAGUUACAAAUAUAUAAAAUUCUAUAACGCAAGUAAUAUCAAUUACCAGGUCUCACCACAAGGAGGUUGCUGCUCAUGGAGACCCACAAUUUAAGAGGAUUGGCAGAUUGAUCCAUGUUUGGCUUCUAUACCAACUAAAUUUGAUGAGGCUGCAGAAAAACUUGUGCAGAAACAAAUAUUGGAUAAUACUAGAACAAUCUAUCAAGUUAGCUAUAAAGAUCCCU